GAGCCAAAUUACAUACAGUAGUGGAGAGAAUAUAAUGCUUUAUUUAUUUAUUUUGAUGAGGAUAAUGCUUUGUUUGCUAGUACUGCAAUUUUCACUUUUUUUUUUUUUUCAAUCUAGUUGCAUUAUAACUCGAGUUGAUGAAUAAAAUGGACCAUUUUUUUUUUUUUUUUGUAUUCCCUUUAGAGAGAUUAGAUUAAUCAUAGCUUGGAUCUAUUCAAAAAUAUGGAGAAGAUAAUGGGUGGAAAUGUGGAAGAGACUAACUCAAUUAGUUAAGGAAGCAUUAUUUAUUACUAAUAAUUUUGUCCAUUCAUUUUUCAUUUUCGACAGGAAAAAUCAAGCUUGUAAGAAAAUAUUAUUCAAAAAAAAUUGUAAGGAAAUAUGCUGGAAAAAAAAAAUUAAGAAAUAGCAUCUUAUUUAAGAUAAAAUUAUUACUCUUUGUUUUUUCUUGGCCUCUAUAGAGCCAGAAACCGGCCAAUACAUUCAAUUCUCUAGAUUUUGUUGGUAAUAAAAAAGAAGGAAGAUAUCAAUUGCGAAUCCACGCUCUAGUGACGACGUCGUUUGAGACUGUCCGACACCUAUAAAUAAAGUGGCUUUACAAUUUGUUUCUUCACACAUUCUUAACGCUACUCUGUAUACCAAUAAUCUUUUUUCUCCGAAUAACAAAGAAAAACAGGACUUUCUUCAUCUCAAGUCGUGUUGUGGUAAGGUUGAUCUUGGAAGAUGCUUGUAGAGAACUCAAACAGUGUUGAUAUAGAUACAGAACAAUUUGUUGAGGUUGAUCCGAGUGGACGGUUUGGGCGUUAUGAUGAUCUACUUGGGUGUGGUGCUGUGAAGAGUGUUUACAGGGGAUUUGAUCAGAAGGAGGGUAUUGAAGUUGCUUGGAAUCAGGUGUUGUUAAACAAAUUCAGUUAUGAUCUAACCCUCAUCAAUCGAAUUUACGCGGAAGUUGAGCUAUUGAGAACAUUGAAGAACAAGUACAUAAUUUUUUGUUACAGCGUGUGGAAAGAUGAUGAGCGUAACAUCAUCAAUUUCAUCACUGAGGUCUGCACCUCAGGGAACUUGAGGAAUUACCGCAAGAAGCAUCGUUGUGUUUCGAUUAAAGCCUUGAAGAAAUGGUCCAAGCAGGUCCUUGAGGGAUUGAAGUACCUCCACAACCAUGACCCUUGUAUUAUUCACAGAGAUCUCAAUUGUAGUAACAUUUUUGUUAAUGGCAACACUGGCCAGAUAAAAAUUGGCGAUCUGGGGUUUGCAGCUAUAGUAGGCAAGAGCCACUCAGCUCAUUCGAUAUUAGGCACACCAGAGUACAUGGCACCAGAGUUGUACGAGGAGGAUUACACAGAGAUGGUGGACAUAUACUCAUUUGGAAUGUGCUUGCUCGAGAUGGCUACCAUGGAAAUACCUUAUAGCGAAUGUAACAGUGUUGCCAAGAUAUACAAGAAGGUUGUUAGUGGAAAAAGGCCAUUAUCUUUGAACAAGGUGACUGAUCCAGAAAUGUAUGCAUUCAUUGAAAAGUGCCUAUCUCAGCCUAAGAUGAGACCUUCAGCCUCUGAUCUUCUCAAGGACCCUUUCUUUUCUGAACUAGACGAUGAGAUCACUGACGCUGCUCCAGUUUUGUUGACAUAUUCUAGUGAGGAGUUCGCCUCUUUCUCACACAAUUCUAUCUCCUAAUAUGUCCAAUUGGAUUUCUAGGGAAAUGCUACUACUAAGAACAAUUAAUUUCCUAAAACGUGAACUAUUAUUAAUUAAAUUAUGAGAAAUGUUAAAAAGCACAAAUAGUGUUUAACCUAUAUAAUUUAAUAUAAUAAUUUGUAAGUAGUAUCACUAAUUAAUUUAAGUUGACAUGUUAGACAUCUCUAGUACUUAAUAAUAAUGCUUUUAAAAUAUUUAGGACAAUAUUUAAUUGUACCAACAACAACAUAAUAUUCAUGAUAGUGUAACAAUUGUACACUAACAUUUCCCAAAUUUUAAUCAAGAUUAAUGUUAUAUGCUUUCAA